AUGGAAAGAGAUGCCACAUUUGUCCAGAAGAAAGCAGAAAGGGCCACGCUGCGUGUACACCUGAGAGAGAAGUACAGACUGCCACAAAGCGAAAAAGAUGAGAACCAAAUACAGAUGGCUGGAGAUGAUGUGGAUCUUCCCGAGGAUCUGCAGAAGAUGAUGGCUGAUGAUCAAGUUGAAGAGGAAGAGAAAAAUUCUUUUUUGGGCCAGAUCCAAAACAUCCAGAAUAUGGACAUGGAUACCUUAAAAGAAAAAGCUACAGCCACAUUCACUGAGAUCAAACAAGCGGCAGAAGAAAAGUGUCUGCUGAUGUAG